UUUCAAACUGAACCACUUUAUAGUAUACGAUUUUAUUUUUAUUUGUGUAACAAAAAAGAUAUCUGUUUAUUAAAUUACUAGCAAUAUUUACAAUCCAAUUAGUUAUUAGUAACGCCUUUUUACGUAUAUAAAAUAUAUUAUAUAGAUUACUUAUAUGGAAGGAAUGAUGUUAUUGUUGUAAACCUUACAAAGUUAUAAAAUGGGACCGAAGGCGAAGGUCGAAGCAGUUAAAAAAUCUGCACCACCUGUUGUACGCCCAGCGAUCAGUCAAUCCAGUCUCGUUUUCGUGCCUGGAGAUGUUUUAGAGGGAUUUCAAGAACGAUUAGAAACUUACAUAGACUGGACUAUAACCGAAAGCAGUUGCCGCUUUCAUAAAGAUCAAUACAAAAAAAAUGCAGAUGCAAAGGUGACCUUCUCCCAAGCCUUGAAAAGAAAAAUAAGGGGAAGUAUUAUCAGUGGGUUCCUCAACAAAAAAUCUGGAUUGACUCUUCAACAGAAUUGGGAAUUGCUAUUACCAAUAACGAUAUGGGAUGUAGAGAAAUUCGCUACUGAAGAAGGGAAAACGUGUUUUCACAGUGAUAACUGUGUGACUGAUGAUUUAAUGAAAUUAAUCAAAAAUGCUGUUGAUGCAGGAGACAGAAAUGUUUUGAAAAAUGAUUUGAUGAUGGUCAAUGUACUGAGAGUUAAUGGUAUGCAGAUGACUGAACUAGACGAAAGUUUGACUGAAUACAAGAAACUAACGACACUUAAUUUAUGUGGAAACUGGCUAUCGGAGUUGGACACAAAUUGUAUUCCACAAACUCUGAAAGCUCUUGAGCUCCACAACAAUUGUAUUUCUGAUAUAUCUGGAUUUGUUGAAUCUCUACCUUUUGAUUUACUCUACUUGGGGCUAAGCCGAAACAUGCUUACGGCAGAAAAUAUCGACGCUCUUGGACAUCUCCCUUACAAUAUAACGGUAUUAGAUUUAGCGGACAACGACAUCUAUGAUUUAACUCCAGUACUAGAUGCUGUAUCGAGACUGCCAAAUCUGUGUUCGUUACAGCUAUCUGGAAACCCUUGUGCGUUGUGCUCUGGAUACGCCCGAAGUUGCUUCCUGAAGCUAAAUCGUUUAAAAUGGCUUGACAACCGGAAAAUUUUGGAUUCCGACAGGCCUUUAGAAUUUACGGAAGUACACCCAGAUGAUUUGAGGUCUACCUACUUUUUUUUCACUGUUUUUCGAAUUGUGUCUUGUCCUCAACCGCCUAAGCCUGAGAAGGGCGCUUCUAUGAGCUUUCACGUAGAAUUAGAACUGCCUUUACUGGACGUGGUAAGGAGAAAGUUCUUAAUGUUCCGAAGACCUGAAUCCCUCGUGGAACUUCUGCCGCCACCUGAAGACGAAGAGUGGCCAAAUUCAGUCCACGCUUUGGGUAGCAGAGUUAUUUCUGGCAAAAUUCAAGGUCAAAUUCAAGAUGAAGAAUCAUCUCACGGUUCAGACAUUUUUAACAAUAUGAUGCCUAAAAAUACUAGAGAGAUACACAACUACACCACGUUUGAGAGCACUAAGGUGCAAUGGAACAAGCUGAUGAACUUCAAUGAGCCGGUUGUGAAGAUCUUCUGUCCAGACCUCGUCGCAGUUAGGGAUACUUUCCGAUCAGCUAUCACCAUCCGACUGAUUUAUUCUGUGGUCUACACACCGGCAAAAGCGGGCAAAGUCGAAAAACAGAAGAGUCUACCAAUCCUAAAAUCACCAGGGGAGAUGAGAGUGACCGUGGCGACGAUCAGGUGCUCCCUCAGGGCUCCGGACUGGAGCCAACCAUCGCAACACUUCCACUGGGACGAAACGCUCGGUACCAGCGAUGCUAUACAUUGGGGCGAUGGAGAUCUUGCUGUCCUUCAAUAUAGCCAGGCACCAGUUAAAGUGACAAAAGGCAAGGUGGAUGCCGAAGUGGGGUCCAGACAAAGCAUGCCGGAAUUUAUGACUUGCCAUUUCGGAUUCGGAAUCGAAACUUUACGCACAACGUAACAUAGUAUGUAUGUAUGUAACAUAUAAUUGGAUAAAUCAGAUGUAAAUGUGAAUAAAGAAUCAUUGGAAUUAUUA